AUGGGGACCUCUUCUGGCGCGAAUUUCCAUCAGCAACCUCCUCCGACCCAGGGGAUGUUGCCUCCGAGGCAUGGUCCGCGCCCCUCAGGGUUGCAGACCUCGCUCUCGCUGGCCUCUUCGGAACAGGUUGGCUCGCCUGACAUGCAGGAGCCUGGUUCAAACUCGGACCCAGGCCAUGACUCUGCCACUGAGAGCGCCAGUUCCAAGGACACAUGGCCUGCUGAGCCGAACCAGUGCAAUGGUGGGGUAGCUGCUAGUGGUGUCGUGAGUAAGGCGGCAGAGAAGGAGAAGGAGGUGGCAAAUGGUGUAUCCAAGCUGCAGGUUAUCCGCGGACCCUCCUCCCGUGUGGGUGGGAUGCUUCUGCGGGAGGUUGCACGGGAGAGGGUUGAUCUGGUCGCUGAGAAGAUGAAGGUGAUGCCAGAGGAGCACCUGGAGGAGGUCAAGAAUGAGCUCAGAUCAAUUCUGGAGGGCACUGGAGGUUCUCACCACAUCGAGGAGUUCUUGUACUUGCAGAAGCUUGUCCAGGACAGGGAUGAUUUGACACCAUCCAUGCUUUCAGUGGCACACCAUGUGCAGCUUGAGAUCCUUGUUGCAAUCAAGACUGGGAUACAGGCCUUUCUGCACCCCAGCGUUACCAUUCCACACAAUCGCUUGGUGGAGGUCUUCUUGUACAAGAGGUGCCGGAACAUUGCUUGCCAGAGUGCUCUCCCUGCUGAGGAGUGCAGAUGCAAUGUGUGUGCUAACUGGAAUGGCUUUUGCAACCUGUGCAUGUGUGUCAUCUGCAACAAGUUUGAUUUUGAGGUCAAUACAUGCCGUUGGAUUGGUUGUGAUUUCUGCUCUCACUGGACACAUACAGAUUGUGCAAUUCACAAUGGCCAGAUAGGAAUGGGACAAUCAGUGAAAAGCAGCAUUGGUCAUGCUGAAAUGCUUUUUAGGUGCCGAGCUUGCCAGAGGACCUCAGAGCUGCUGGGUUGGGUUAAGGAUGUCUUCCAACAAUGUGCUCCUGGUUGGGAUAGGGAUGCUUUGUUACGUGAGCUUGAGUUUGUUUGUAAGAUAUUCCGUUUAAGUGAGGAUGCAAAAGGGAGAGUGUUGUUCAGGAAAUGUCUAGAUCUGAUUGAAAGGCUGAGGCGCUCCAGCUGA